GGUCACCUCAGCGACAGCUUCUUCAGGGGCCCUCUGUACCCCUCCAACCACCUGUGAGCCUCUGCCUCCCGUGCUGACCCAGACUGAAGCCAACCAACGGAUCACAGGACAUCGCCCCAUGAUGACAACCAAGGACAUCUUCCCAGCCUAUAAGCCAUUGACCUAUGUCCUGCUCCCAACAUCUUCAGAAGCCUCCAAACCCACUACCAAAUCUUCAAAGGCCAACAAGUCCAAGGGGUCCUUCUUCAAGACGCAGGGCCCAGUCAAGACUCUAUCCAAGUGGUUCAUAGAGAAUUGUGGGUUCUUCCUUUAUGAGCCUAAAAACUUCUACUGCCUGGACUUGUGUCCCCUUGCAUCAAGUAAGCUUCUGGACCCAGAGCCACAGAUACAUGUCCCUAUCCCUGAGGCCACAGAAACCUGUAUCCACAAGGAUUCCAUAGCAUGUGCAGUCAGAAAGAAUGUCUGCCCAGCCCUGUGCUAUCCCAGGAAUGCACACACUCCAUCAGUUGUAAAGGUAACCUCCGCAGAUGCCAUGAAGGUACCCUCUGCAAAUAUCCUGAAGGUAUCUUCUACAGAUGCCAUGAAGGUACCCUCUGCAGAUGCCAUGAAGGUACCUUCUGCAGAUGCCAUGAGGGUACCUUCUGCAGAUGCCAUGAGGGUACCCUCUGCAGAUGCCAUGAGGGUACCCUCUGCAGAUGCCAUGAAGGUACCCUCUGCAGAUGCCAUGAGGGUACACUCUGCAAAUAUCCUGAAGGUACCUUCUGCAGAUGCCAUGAGGGUACCCUCUGCAAAUAUCCUGAAGGUACCUUCUGCAGAUGCCAUGAGGGUACCCUCUGCAGAUGCCAUGAGGGUACCCUCUGCAAAUAUCCUGAAGGUACCUUCUGCAGAUGCCAUGAGGGUACCCUCUGCAGAUGCCAUGAGGGUACCCUCUGCAAAUAUCCUGAAGGUACCUUCUGCAGAUGCCAUGAGGAUACCCUCUGCAGAUGCCAUGAGGAUACCUUCUGCAAAUAUCCUGAAGGUACCCUCUGCAUCAGUUGUGAAGACAUCCUCUUCAGUGGCCUCAAAGCUAUGUUCUGCAUGGGCCACAAAGCCAAGGAUCAAGACCCAACUUAAGAACCAAGAAAAGCAAGACGAAGAAAAACUUUCCUUCUCCCUUGAUCUGGUGCUUGUGAACCCAAACCAAUCAACUCUGGGCAUCCAACACUUCCCUAUUCCAGAGGCCACAAAGGUCAUCGUUCCAAGAACCCAAGUUAUUUAUCGAACUACAAGACAAUAA